CUGAUGUCUACACUCUACAGUCUGUAGAUAGGGAGGUUCGUUCCUGGAGAUUGCUGUUCUCGUGGUCGUUGUUCCUUGACUUCCUUCUGUUGCUGAGUGUGAUUAAAAUGACAGCACCGGCGACUGCUUUCAUGUUACCGUCCAGCGGCGGUGGCCAGUGCAUAAAGUACGCGGCGAAGGCGAUCCGGCUGGCACGCCGCGGCUGCACGAAUCGUCCCUUUUACCAUAUCGUCGUGAUGAUGAAGCGCCGUAACCAGCACGACCAGCCGAUCGAACAGCUCGGCAGCUUCGACCCGAUGCCGAACACUAACGGUGAGAAGCUGGUCGCCUUCAACUUCGAGCGAAUUGGCUAUUGGAUCGGCGAAGGGGCCGAGAUCUCGACUCCGGUCGCAGAACUGCUGGGCCUCUCCGGCUUCCUCUCGCUCCACCCGACGACGCUCAUGACCGCCUGGAGGAACAGGAAACAAAAUCUAGAAAAGAAAGAAGACUCCCCUUCGUAAUGUUCAACCAGUUUUAUAAUUAUUACUGUUCUGUAAAUAGCCAUGUAACUAAAAUUAAUUUUACAAUUAAAAUAUCAUAGCAUUUUUCUCU